GCAAGUUCCUAACAACCAUCCCCACACAAAAAAACUAGUGUAAAGAAAACAAAACGCAGCAAACAAGAAAUGGGUUCAAUCCCCUCCAAAGAAUUCAACAGUUCCUUCCACGCACUUCUAUUCCCAUUCAUGUCCAAAGGCCACACCAUCCCCCUCCUCCACUUUGCCCGCCUCCUCCUCCGCCGCAAUUUCUCCGUCACCCUCUUCACCACCACCGCUAACCGCCCCUUCAUCGCCGACUCUCUUUCCGGAACCGCCGCCUCCAUCGUCACGCUCCCGUUCACAGUCUCCACCACCAACAACGACAUCCCGCCCGGAAUAGAGAGCACGGACAAGCUCCCAUCCAUGUCCCUCUUCUUCGAGUUCGCCAUGGCCACCGCCUCCAUCCAACCGCACUUCGAGCAAGCCCUCGAGACCCUGCCACGUGUCAGCUUCAUGGUCACCGACGGGUUCCUCUGGUGGACCCUACAAUCCGCCAACAAAUUCCACAUCCCGAGGCUCGUGUUCUUCGGCAUGAGCUGUUACAGCGUCAGCGUCUUUAGGGAAGCAGGGAUGCAAGGAAUAUUCCAUGGGCCCCAACCUGACGACGAGUUAGUCGAGUUGACUCGGUUUCCAUGGAUCAAAAUCUGUAAGGAAGACUUGGAGCCAAGUUCCAGAAACGCCGAACCAGGGAGUAUCCCUUACGAGUUCAACGUGAAAUCGGUUGGAGCCUCGGUCAACAGCUACGGCACUGUGGUCAACAGUUUCUACGAACUAGAGCCUCUGUUCGUUGACUAUUUGAAAACCACGAAUACUUCUCAUAAGUAUUGGUGCGUUGGUCCGUUGUGCCUCGCUGAUGACGUGGGUAGUUUUUCGGGUACGAAGGAAGCGAAAUGGAUGACGUGGCUGCAUCAGAAAAAGAAGUGCUCUGUUUUGUACGUGGCUUUUGGGUCACAGGCGGAGGUUUCGAGGGAAGAGUUGGAGGAGAUAGCGAUGGGGUUGGAAGAAUCCAUGGUGAGUUUCUUGUGGGUGAUAAGAAAGAAGGAUUGGGUUGUACCAAAGGGAUUCGAAGAGAGGGUUGAAGGGAGAGGGAUGGUGGUGAGGGAGUGGGUGGAUCAACGGGAGAUACUGAAUGAUGAGAGAGUGGGUGGGUAUGUGAGCCACUGCGGGUGGAACUCGGUGUUGGAGAGCGUGUGCGGCGGGGUUCCGAUGGUGGCGUGGCCGAUGAUGGCGGAGCAGCACGUGAACGCGAGGAUGGUGGAGGAGGAGUUGAAGGUGGGGAUUAGAAUGGAGACGUGUGAUGGGAGGGUGAGGGGGUUUGUGAAAAGAGAAGGGGUGAGCAAGUGUGUGAAGGAGUUGAUGGAAGGGGAGAGAGGGAUUCAGUUACGUCAGAAUGUUAAGGUGUUGGCUCGGAUGGCUAGGAUGGCUGUUCAGGAAGGUGGUUCCUCUUGGUCAGCUUUAGACCAUCUCAUUCAUGAGUUAUGCUGGAAGAAGUAGAACAAAAUAUAUGAUUUAUCUUCUAUUCAUUUUAUUAAACAUUUUUUAUAGACACAAAUUAUUUAAUAUAUUUAUAUUUAUUAUUAGUUUUA